AGUGAUUUUUCGCCUUCGAUCCGUACGUUAUGGGGGUCAGGGCUUGGCGGUGGGGUAAAAUGCUAACCAGGGUUGGAAACCCCCCUUGGUAGAAGGGGAAUCUGGAAAAGCGGGCCUCGCGGGGUAUACAUACAGAGGGAGAUUGAAGCGUUCAGUUGGCCAAGUUCCAUAGGACGCUGUUUGCGGGCAAAGAGUCUCGCAAUCUUUCAGCAAUUCCGUGCGUCUUUUGGAGUUUCUUGGGGAUUUUCCAGGUCCAUCCCCACAAAGUCGAUCGAUCGCUUCUCGAUUCGAGAAGCGGCGGUGUGGAGAGCGAACUCGUGACGAGAAUCUCGUAUUGCGGAAGCGGCAUUUUGUUGUCGUUGACAGAGUUUGAAUUUUGUGAAGAGCAGACUGAGAGUGUACAGAGGAACCGACAAUCAAAAUGCUGAGCUGUGGAGUUUUAGCGAAGGCCCAACCUCUGGUAGUAUGUCCAAUUGCCAGUCACUCUCUGGAGAAGAAGAACGGUAGAAAGCACCUAGCGGCUGGUGGUGCGGUGGAUUUGCCCUCUUGUACAUGCGCAACCACGCGAACGUUGUCUGUCUCUCAAGCGAGCUGCUCCAAAUUGUCAUUGAAAAGUAGUAGUUUUUUCUCUAGAAAUCUGUCGUCGCUUACAUCAUCCCGAGUUGAAAAUGGGAGGAAGGCGAGCAAAGCUGGAGAUACCACCCCUCGCGCUGCGGUGGCUGUUGAUGCUGUUUCCACGGCUACGGUCGAAUUUCAAAUCGAUGGAGGCGCUCAUUUAAAGGUGAAGAUAUCAGGGGCAUCACCUGGAUCGCCUGCCGUAAUUGAAUUAGAGGUGUAUAACUCAAGUGCGUCCCAGCUUGUCCUCCACUGGGGGGCCACAAAGUCAGGAAAAAGCAAGUGGUAUCUCCCAUCCAGAAGACCGGCCGAUACUCGGGAUUUUCAAAACCAAGCCUUGCAAACGCCAUUUUUGAAGGACGGGAACAAAGCCUACCUAACAGUUGAGCUAGCAGAUGCUGAUCUCAAUGGUAUCGAGUUUCUCCUAAAAGAGGACAAUACAGAUAGAUGGUUCAAGAAUCGCGGUGGAAACUUUAGAGUGGACGUGCCAAGAGCAGAUGUGGAUUUUUCAAACAUCUCUGUUCCAGAGGAUCUGUGUGGAAUUCAGGCAUAUUUACGCUGGGAAAGAAAUGGCAAACAAAACUACUCACCUGAGCAGGAGCAGAGGGAGUACGCAGAAGCCCGGAAAGAUUUGCAGCGCGAAGUGGCGAGCGGAGUCUCCAUCGAGGACAUUCGCCGACGAUUCGGAGCUGGUGGAGAAAGCAAGGACGAGGGCGGUAACAAGGACAACCAUAGUUCGAAGAAAACAACUCAAAGUGCACCUCAAAAGAAUUACAAUGGCCACAGAGUCUCUCGGAAGAGGAGGGAUCCCAUGGAACUGCUGAACAAAUACGACGAAGUCAAGACCGGGACUGCUGCAACGUCUGCACCAGCACCUCCAAGGGAGCCUACUCCGCUUGAGAUGGGAGCCGAGGUCAUGGAAGGUGUUGACAGUGGAGCUGUCGUUGUCAAGAAAAUUUUCAAGCUGGGAGGAUCUAGUCUUCUGGUUCUCGUGACAAACCCCGGAGGAGAGGUUCGUGUUAGGAUGGCAACGGACAUGACCGAGCCCGUGUCAAUUCAUUGGGGUUUAUCCAAGGUUAACAACAGGGAAUGGCAGGCUCCUCCCGAAUCAGUUGCGCCCGAGAACUCUACUCUUUUAGAAGGCUCUUGUGAAACUCCUCUGAAGAAAGGUUUCGCAGGAGACGAAAGUCUUCAGUCUCUUGAAAUUGUGGUGGGAGAUGCUGGUUACAUCGGAAUGCCUUUUGUCCUCAAAUGUGGAGGUAACUGGUAUAAGGACAAUGGGGGUGAUUAUUACGUAUCUUUAAAACCAGUGGAAAAGAAGAAAUUGAAGGCGCUUGGAGACGGUGCUGGUACAGCCAGAGCCUUCUUGGAGGAAAUAGCUAACCAAGAAAGCGAAGCUCAGCGAUCAUUAAUGCAUCGCUACAACAUCGCGGUUGGAUUAGCAUCACAAGCCAAGGAGGAGGGAGAGUUGGCACUGGCUGGUAUUUUAGUGUGGCUGCGUUACAUGGCGACUAGACAGUUAAUAUGGAACAAGAAUUACAACGUGAAGCCAAGAGAAAUCAGCGCAGCCCAGGAGAAGUUGACAGAUUUGCUGCAAGCGAUCUACCGCGAUCAGCCUCAAAAUCGCGAAGUGGUGAGGCUUAUCAUGUCAACCGUUGGAAGAGGUGGGCAGGGUGAUGUUGGUCAACGAAUUCGAGACGAGAUUUUGGUUAUUCAGCGCAACAAUGAUUGCAAAGGAGGAAUGAUGGAGGAAUGGCACCAAAAGCUCCACAAUAACACAAGUCCUGAUGAUGUCGUUAUUUGCCAGGCUCUUCUCGAUCAUAUCCAAAGCGGUUUUGAUAUGAAUGUAUACUGGAAAACUUUGAAUGACAAUGGUGUAACCAAGGAGAGGAUGAGAAGUUAUGAUCGGCCCAUAGUGUCUGAACCUAAUCUCAGGCAUGACCAGAGGGACGGCUUGAUUAGGGAUCUCACUGCUUAUAUGCGCACGUUGAAGGCAGUACAUUCGGGAGCGGACCUUGAAUCUGCGGUUGCCAUAUGUAUGGGUUAUUCUGCUGAGGGACAAGGCUUUAUGGGGGGUGUCAAUAUUCAUCCUAUCAGUGGACUGUCAGGAGAUUUGCCGGGCUUGUUGAGGUUUGUCCUGGAGCACAUUGAGGACCACGAGGUUGUCCCGCUAUUGGAGGGAUUGCUGGAAGCACGCCGGGAACUAAGGGCAAAUCUGUUGUCUAAGCAUGACCGUCUUCGGGACAUUAUAUUCCUUGACUUGGCACUUGAUUCUUCUCUUCGUACAGCGGUCGAAAGAGGGCUUGAAAGUCUUGGAAACAGUGGGCCGGCUGAUUUGGCUUCGAUUGUAAGUCUUGUGGUUGAGAAUCUUGCUCUAUCCAGCAACAACAACGAGGAACUUGUUUAUUGUCUAAAGGAUUGGUAUGUCGUCAUUGACUUGAUAAAAUCUAAAAGCCCCAUGUGGGCCUUGAGAACUAAAGCGGUCCUUGAUCGCACUCGCCUUGCUUUACAAGAUAAGGCUGAACACUAUCAGAACCUGCUGCAACCUACAGCAGAGUACCUUGGAACAUUGUUGGGUGUUGAAAAUUGGGCUAUGGAAAUUUUCACAGAAGAAAUGAUCAGAUCUGGGUCUGCAGCGUCUCUGUCUCUUCUUCUUAACCGCCUUGACCCGGUGAUUCGAAAGGAGGCCAAUAUGGGCAGUUGGCAGGUUAUCAGUCCCGUGGAGACUAAGGGUGUUGUUGUAGUUGUGGAUGAGCUAUUGGAAGUGGAAGAUAAGGUAUACGAUCGACCUACAAUUUUAGUUGCGGGAAGAGUUCGAGGAGAAGAAGAAAUCCCGGAUGGAGCUGUAGCUGUCCUGACUCCUGACAUGCCUGAUAUUUUAUCUCAUGUCUCCGUAAGAGCUCGCAACGGCAAGAUAUGUUUUGCAACUUGCUUCGAUUCAGAGGUUCUGGCAAAUUUGCGGUCUUUGAGUGGCAAGGCUGUGAGGGUUGAGCCAACUCUAAACGACUUGAAAUACAGUGAAAUAAGUGAGUCUGAACUGAGUGGUGCGGGCGGUGCACAAACUUCGGAUUCGGCUCCUCCUCCGAGAAUAACAUUGACCAAGAAGAAGUUUAUAGGAAAGUACGCUAUUCCCGCAGACGACUUCAAUCCUGAUAUGGUUGGAGCAAAAUCGCGCAACAUCGCUCACUUGAGAGGAAAGUUACCAUCAUGGAUCAAACUUCCAACGUCUGUGGCACUACCCUUUGGGUCAUUUGAGAAGGUGCUAGCGGAAAGCAUAAAUCAGGAUGUUGCGAAAGACAUCGCGAUCUUGACCAAGGAAAUUGACGCGGGCGAUUUUCACAAACUCAAGGAUGUACGAGAGACAGUAUUGCGGCUGCAAGCCCCUCCCGCCUUGGUUGAGGAAUUGAAGAAGACACUUGAAGGUUCUAAUAUGCCCUGGCCGGGUAGUGAGAGCAAGGAGAGAUGGGAACAAGCGUGGACAGCCAUCAAGAAGGUCUGGGGUUCCAAGUGGAAUGAAAGAGCUUACUUCAGCACACGGAAAGUGAAGAUAGAUCAUAAUGAUCUUUCUAUGGCAGUCCUUGUCCAGGAGAUUAUCCAAGCAGAUUAUGCAUUUGUCAUUCACACCACGAAUCCAUCCACCGAGGAUUCAACCGAAAUAUACGCGGAGGUGGUGAAAGGUUUGGGAGAAACCCUCGUGGGUGCGUACUCGGGGCGAGCGUUGAGUUUCGUUGCCAAGAAAUCAAAUGUACAAUCACCUCAGAUUAUUGGUUUUCCAAGUAAAAGGGUUGGACUCUUCAUCAAACAAUCUAUCAUCUUCAGAUCUGAUUCGAACGGUGAAGACUUGGAAGGUUAUGCGGGUGCAGGCCUCUAUGACAGUGUGCCUAUGGAUACGGAAGACGAAAGAGUGGUCGAUUACUCGACCGAUGCUCUCAUAUUGGACGAAAAGUUUCGGUCAUCUAUGCUUGCAAAGAUAGCAGCCGCCGGCCUUGCUAUUGAAGAGCUUUAUGGUACACCUCAGGAUAUUGAAGGUGUCAUCAAAGAUGGAGAAUUGUAUGUAGUUCAAACGAGACCUCAGAUGUAAACCUGUAGUCACUUACUUAUAUGAAUCGUUGUAGAUAAGACAAUAGUUAACAAUAGGUUUUACAUGGAAGGUUGUAAAAUCUGAGCUUUUAGCUUUUAGAUGAGGUUGGAAGAUGCCAUCAAUUUUGUGCAGGUAUGUUACAUUGCUUUGUAAUAAUAUCAUGGAAAUUAUCACCGUUAGUCGGAUGUUGGCCGGCCCCUAUUUAAAUCAAAUUUGACCACAACAGC